CUCGAACGACGCUCAAAACAUAUCAAGUUCUUGUCGUGAAGCGGAAUUAAAUACUAAAGAAGCUGAACAGUUGAGCAAUCUUUGCACCCGCAAUACUUGUUCAAUACUAUCUCAAAAGUAUUUUGAUCAACAGAGAGGAUCCCGUAGCGUCUGAACCCGAUGAGUAGUUUGCUCGGCUUCCGAUCAUCUCGUAAAGCAUCUGCAUCGGCGUCUCUUGCAGAUGGUGAAUAUGAUGGUGGGGUUUCUAUUGUAUCGAUUACCGCUGACAGGACACAGCAACUGGGUUCGGUCGAAAAGAAGCACAAGGAGAGUGGCAGCAGCAAGAAGAAGAAAUUCGAUAUAUCCUGCGCUCAAUCUGUGAUGAGCGAUGUUACAUUCAAUGCAAUGCCCGCGGUGGUAGAAGAGAAAAUUGAUUUAGCCGAGCUCUCAACUUCAACCACGCAUGAAUUUGUUGUGGAGUGCGAGAAUGGCGAGCGUAUUUAUGUGCCCAGUUCGCAGGGGAUUCUCAUCAAGUCUCGUUGUCGUCACUUCCGCUUGUCACUUGGCAGCCGUAGUGGAGCAUGUAGCCUCGUUAUCGAUGGGACGAACGACGAAGCGUACGAGCGAGACAAUCGUGUCAUUAAAAAGGACAAUUGGUCUCCCCGGACGGCUCGGCAUGUCAUAGAGCUCCUAACAGAAGGAACAACGUGGAUCGAAAAUAACAAUCGUCGAUUCGUUGAAUUGCUGAAGGCAUGCGAUGAAAUCAGUGUCCCUCUCUGUCUCGGAUCAAUCAUCAACUAUCACGAUGUCUUGGAUCCAGCGAGUUCUCUUCGGUUCUUCAAAUUGAACGAUUCUCCAAUCUACCGAUUCAAACUUGCCGGAACGAUCCAGUCGUGGCAAUGGAUGCAUUUGCUUCAGAAAGGAGUUUUGCUGCACCUCGACUCAGCCAAGGUCCUCAUGCUUUCAUCGAAACUGCCGAAUGAAGGAAGUGAUUCGGAAUUGCGACAAAAACGAUUGUCCAAGUGUGAUGAUUUGUAUUCCGAAUUCUCUGUAUAUAGUGAAAAGAGCAAGGUCAAUACGCUGUAUACUAUCUUCGACCUUCUUUCGGCUACUUCCAAAAUAGCCGAACGAAAGGGAGGCAAAAGUCCAUUGCAAAAGCGAUCGGCCGGUGGAUACACAGCGGUUGAGGAAUCCUUUCGAAUUAUAUACAAGACACAGCGCGGAGCGCUGAAAGAGCCGGAUCUCAACAUGCUCUGGAGAAUGACUUCGGCAUCGUACACACUCUCAACUAUAGAUGAGCAACGCUUUCUACCGAUGUCGAGCUGUGACGAAACGAUUGCUUCUACAAGUCUUCCGCAGUCGAUUCAACGCCUAAACCUGCAACUCGGUGACGAUUUCCAAAUUGUCAAAGAUUCGGUAGCUAGAACUUCGACCACCAAAAGCAGUGGAGACACCGAGACAAACAUAGACCACGAGUCGGUGGACGAAAGAACCAACGAAGGGACUAGUUCUCACAUGGCAUCUCCCCCGUUGACACCACAAUCAGCUCUGACUGGAACUACGAAUCUACGCCACUUUUCUUUGAAACAAGAGACACGAACCAUUACAGGAACAUCAUUUGCGGUACUUCAGCAUUUGUUUGACCCCAUCAAUAGUUCUUCCAAAAACCACACCCAAAGCAGCGAGUUUCAUUCUGAUCCAUCUCUUUUACCCGCAUGUCUCUCGAUCGAAAACCCCMCCCCCGACACUCUCGGACGAUUCCUCAACGCUUGUGAAACCGAGCUCGGUGACAGCUCGAAGUCUGCUACCCAUAAAAUUGGAUAUCACAUCUCUUCUUCGCCAUCGUUGUCCAGCAAUAGAAAGAAGACCUGCGGUGUUACCUUUUUUGUUGCUGGCACUACAAAAGAUAUCAAGGGGAUAUUGAAGUACAUGGCAGAUUACUCGAAAACAUCUAUUGUGGGAGACAUAGAUUUCAAGUUGGAAGAGCUUCGAUGACUGAUGUGAUGAGAAUAUUAUUGCAUGUUCCAAUAUACUUACACAUCAGAA